UGAAGCACGUAUCGAAAGAGAGCCGAUUGCCACAAAGUGUGUUCUUCGAUCUUCGUGGCAACCAUGACAGGGUUGGUGUCCCCAAUCGCGAACUGGACUUCUUUUCUUGGUACAGCAUCAGCGCAGAUAUGAAUCGUGUCGGUCGAUCCUGUUCAAGCGGGAACUGUCACGGUUCCUGGUGGCUGGACGUACUUGUUUCUUGGUUUUGAUGAUAUCAUGGCCAUCGGGCUUCGCGUGGCCAACAAAUCUGUUUGGCGACAGACUCCCUGAAAAUGGAGUCCCUGCUCGAAGGCUUUGAAAAGAAGCAGUCACGCAGUUCUUCCGCCAAGGUAGCGUUUGGACACUUUCCAAUGUCUUUCACGGCCUCUUCAGAAUCAGGGAGACGAGGCAUACUUAUCCACACUAAGUUUGCAAAUCAUGUAUGGGCUUCGGGCGGAGCUCUAGCAGAAAGAACGAGUUUUGGGAGUGGGAAAUCGAGGACUGGAGAGCUUUCACUUGAUCGCAUUCGAGCUGUGUUCUCCAAAGGUGCCGAUUACUGCUGUGAGCUGGUGUGGCGGCGGCUAAAGUCAGUUCCAGUUCCAGAUUGCGUCAGUCUUGAUCGUCUUAAGGACAUCGGUGGUGUACGAAGAGUCUCGGGAUUAUGCGGGACACAGACUUGGCAGAAACAGAUCACCGACGUUGUGCAGUAUAUUGAAGAGAGGCUUGACGAGGUCUGGAAGAGAUUCAAGCCCAGGGAUGUGCCGAAAAACAGUAAAAUGAGGCUACAGCUUGUCCAAGCUCUUGCAAUUCAUCAAGAAAACGAGUUUGAACGCUUUCUUGCGCUUCUGAGCGACCGGCAGGUUAUGUCUUCUUCUUCUGCUACUUGUCGACCAUACACAGGCGGGUCUAGCUACAGAGUUUGGAAGCGCAAGAGAACAAGACCAAUGGCUUCAGAUGGACGUUUCAACGUGACUUCUGCACAGAUCGAAGAACCGGAGGAGGCAAUCGAUCUGGUGAGGUGGCUGAGGAAUUAACGAGACGAGCCCCAGAAAGAAACGUUUGAAGACAGAGGUCACCCUUAGCAAGCAAGUCAAGUUCGACAGUGUCAAGGCAAUUACACUUUUGUUUUGCAGGAUAUUCGGCAAGAUUGAACUCUGUCAGACGUUCCGGACUAUAAUGGAUCUAGAUUGCAUCAUUCUUUUGAAGGUAAGCUCUUUUUUUUAAGUUUCGCAAACUUCCAGGUGGUAUGCCCAAGUACGUGACAAUCGGAAGAGGAGAGUGAGCGGCACAGUUUGCACGAGCUUGGCGGCAAGGAGAGGCCGUGAAGAUGAAUGCACUGGAGAAAGGCAUGGCUGUUCACUCUCAAGGAUUGGAUGCAAGCCGUGAAGAUGAAUGCAUUGGAGAAAAGAUGGCCGAGAACAAAUUGCUGAGAACGAAUCAAAUUGCGUAGAAUAGAACUUUGACAAUGCGGCACCGACGACACACAAGAUUCACCUAGAAAUCUACAACAAGCUCACGCAGAGCCUUUUCGGCA